GUUUCACUUCCCCUUUCCCUGCUUGGUUUCCCUCCCUGUUUCAGUCAGAUCAUGAGACUUCUGGGGUCUUUAGCAAACCACAAAUUAGAACCUCUUGAAGGUUUUACAGUAGCCAUGAGGUUCUGUGAGGUGUUGGUCCUCUUUGGUCUGCUCAGACUAACUUCAGGGCUGCCUGUUGCCUCGCCUUUCAGCCAGGCGCCGUUUCUCACUGUGUGGAACGCCCCCACAGAGAACUGCCUCUCCCAGUACGCCGUGGAUCUUGACCUGGGGAUGUUUAGCAUCGUCCAGAACCAAAAUGAAACCUUCAUAGGUGAAAACGUCACCAUUUUCUAUGCUGACAAGCUGGGUCUGUACCCGCGGUACUCAGCCCAGGGAGAGGCCAUCAACGGCGGGGUUCCUCAGAACAGCAGCCUAGAUGGACACCUCCGACUCGCCAGCGAAGAUAUCCGCUACUACAUCCCUGACAGAGACUUCCAGGGCCUGGCGGUGGUGGAUUGGGAGAGCUGGCGGCCGGUGUGGGAGAGAAACUGGGACAGUAAACAAGUGUACAAGGAGGGGUCAAAAGCCCUGGUGAGGGCCAGGCAUCCAGACUGGAAUCCUGCUCAGGUGGAGGCAGCGGCUCGGGUGGAUUUUGAGCAAUCUGGGAGGAAAUUCAUGGAGGAAACACAGAAACUGGGGCAGAAAAUGAGGCCAAGUGGCUUGUGGGGGUUUUAUGGAUUUCCGAAUUGCUACAACUAUUACAACGACAGGAGCGUAAACUACACAGGUAAGUGUCCAGAUGUGGAGCUGACGAGGAACGAUGAGCUGUUCUGGCUGUGGAACGCCUCCUCCGCGCUGUACCCUGACAUCUACCUGAGCCUGGACUUGCGAGGCCUCGGCAAAGAGGUGCUGCUCUACGCUCAUCACCGCAUCCUGGAGGCCAUGAGGGUGGCGGACCAGGUGACCCCGUGGCAGCUGCCCGUCUUCCCCUACGCCCGCAUCGUCUACACCUACACAUUAGAGUUCCUCUCCAAAGAGCAUCUGGUCUACACUUUAGGAGAGAGCGCUGCUUUAGGAUCUGCUGGGGUCGUGCUGUGGGGGAACCAUGCAUUUGAUAAAUCUAAGGCUACAUGUGAAGCAGUCAAGUCCUACAUCGAUGAGACUUUAGGUCCCUACGUGGUCAACGUGACCUCAGCUGCCACGCUCUGCAGCCAGACUUUGUGCUCCUCUCAGGGACGGUGUCAGAGGUCGGACCUGAAGUCGGGCGCCUACCUCCACCUCGACCCCGCAGCCUGGAAGAUCCUGUCUGAAAAGAACCCGGCAGGAGGGACCAACUACAGGGUUUUAGGGCAGAUGGAUGCACAAAGUGUGCUGCAGAUGAAGUCUGACUUCCACUGCAGGUGUUAUCCUGGGUGGGGAGGGAGGAACUGCUCCACGCCAGCUUAGAGAUUACAAUAGUUUUAAAUAAUAAGAGGGAAGUUCAGAGUCUUUCUGAGUGGAGUUUACUUGUUGCUUGUUGGGUCGUCAGCUUCUUCUCAGAACCCAAAGAUGUGCCUUUUAGCAGUACUGGAAACUCUAAUUGUGCUUUUAGGUAUCAGUAUUUCUUUGUUCUGUGAUGGGUUUGCAAUUCUUAAUCAGGAUCAAAUGGGUUUUGAAGAUGGAUGAAUGGACUGAUUUGAUUGAUUAUUGCUCAUUUCAAAACAGCUACAUUUUUUAAAAUCAUGACUUAUUUUUUGCUUCUGUGUUUUGAUUUCAUUGUCUGUAUGGACUGAUAUGGAUGUGUGUAUUUUUUUUUGUGUUUUUUUUUUUACAUAAACCACUAAUUUGUUUUGGUGUCUUCCUACUUAAUCAAAUCCUUCUGCAAACUGCACAGAUCCUAUUAGUUUCCCAGGCAGACUUGUGCUUUUGUGUUGUACUUAAAACACAACAGCACAAGUUGUAUCCCAAGUGGAUGAUUUGUUGUUUUGAUUUAACUGUCAGCUUCUAAAAAACAUCAUGCAAGAGUUGUUUACUCUUUAUUUAAUAGCUGUUCCCAUUGCUGUUGGCUUUAAAUGAGCAUUAGUUUAUUCUUUGUCAUUCCUGAAACACCAGACUAAAUGUAUGUAAUAUCUUGUGAGUAUAAGAUAUUACAUGCUUGUAGUAUCUUGUACUCACAAGAAAAAAGGGGAUAUUUUAUUGUUUUUCCCAUUUAUUGAAGUUACUGGGGCUUUCAUAAUGACUUGCUUGUUGGUUCGUGACCAGCAGGUGGUGCUGUCGGACUUCUAACCAAAGACAAACAUCAAGGUCAUGGCUACGGAAGCUCUAAAUCACAACAGCAGUUAAAUCAUGUUAGGUAAAAACACAUUUUACUCAUUACGUGAUUCAGAUUAUCGUCUAUUUCUGCAGCAGUUUAGGAUUUAUAAUAAAUUCAAGUGAC